UGAAAAGUGCGAAAACCCCGUGGAAAUUGUGUGAAUCGCUUUAUGUAAUUAACGAGCUUUAUUUUGAUAUAAUUGUCAUAGGACCCCCUCGUUUGUUAAUAUAAAAUAAGGGGGGAAAUUGUUCAUACAGGAGCGCAACAAUUAUAUUAUAAAAAACAUCUAAUUUUUCACUUAAUUCCCUCGGGAAAGGUCGGAAAAGCAAUCUGGGCAAUUUUCUCUUUAAUUUGAUAUCAUUUCCACCGGGUCGGGGGCCCUAGAAGUGUGUUAAAGUGCAAAUUAAAGUUUCAAGGUUACAAUAACCGUUGGUGAAUUCAAAGUGGCCCCCCUCUAUUUCAUUAUGAACUAUUCAAAUAAAAAUAGGCCUAUUUGGUGUCGUCCAGGGCUUCCUGGACGUGCAUAGUUACUGUCCUGAGGGCAGGGGGACAGUAACAGAAGAGGACAUGAGAAGAAGACGUCUCAAGGUACCUGCAUGCUUAAUUAAUCUAAUUAAAUCCAUAAUCCAAUUGCGGUCCUUCGAAUCGGAAGACUCGCGAAAAUUGGGGCCCCACGAGCCGGUAAUCAGGGCCCCAAAAAAUAUCGAUAUAUAUGUCGCAACUCUACGCUUGUUGUGAUCAGCUGAUUGCUGAUUGUCCAACAGCUAUGAACAUGUUUACCAGUACAAUGAGCAAUCAAUAUUUUUUUUCAAAAAACAUGCAAUAUUCCUGGAAUAGUAAACAAUAAUUAAACGUCAUUAAAGCCCUGCCUAUAUGCUUGUCUGGGGUGGUAAACUGUUAUUGUUUUCCAUACAGUUCGACCCCAGUUGAACUCAGAAGGGCAAAUUAAUAAUUAUUAUUAUUAGCGCAAUAAAGUUUGUUCUAUGGUUGUGCCUUUAAUUAAUUGUGAUAUUAUUUGUGCAAUGUUCCGGAGGAAGAGAUCUGUGAACAAGCAGAGGCUCGAGCACAAGCUCUACUUGGCCAGAGAGACCCCAGAACCAAUAUUCGACCUCUCUGAUUGUGAUUUAGUCAAUAUUCCCCAAGGGAUUUACUCCCUAUGUAAAGUCUUCCGUAAAGAAACCCUUGAUUUACAUAACAAUCAGAUUUCGUCGCUCUCCGGGGGAGGAGAGCUUAGGGAUCUCUGCAAUUUAAGGGUCUUAGAUAUUUCUCAUAAUGAUAUUCAUUAUUUAACAGAGGAUAUUGUUUUUCUAAAGAAUUUACAGGAACUCCUGGUGGAUCACAACCACCUAAAAUCCCUGCCAGACUCCCUAUGUAAUUUAACAAAUUUAAAAAUCCUAAGCCUCACCGAUAAUAAGCUGAAAACCCUUCCGGAAAACCUGGGAAAUUUAAGCAAUUUACAGAAAAUCAGGUUGCAAAAUAACCCACAAUUGCACCGGUUACCUAAAAGUAUUUGCAUGGCCACCAAGCUGGUGUCAAUCGAACUCGAUAGUGAGGGUUUCAUUUAUCCUCCCUGUGAGGUUGCCAGAGGGGGCACAGGGGCAAUUAUUCGAUUUAUUAGUGAGGAUCUGGGGCAAGACUAUUGUCCUCCAGAAAGGAUUGAGACUAUUUCAGAGGACACUACUGACACUAGUGUUCAGGCAAAGUUCGAGGAAAAGAUAUGGAACUUAGAGCGACAAAAGCUAAAAAGGAUGCAAGACUUUCUGGAAAUCGAGCGUAAUAACGAGUUAUUACAGAAGCAAGAGCUCGAGAUGGCUUCCGUACAUAAAGCCAACAGGCAAAAGCUCCUUGCUUCUAUCACUGACGAACAAUGCAAAUUUGACUCUAAAUUAUGUGAAAUUCAGCUUGAAAAAGAGACUGAGAGGUUUAGACUUAUUGAGCAACUUCAGGAAGUGGAAAAUAGCGCGGAUCUCGCCAUAAACAACCUCCUAAUGUUAAAUAAAGAGCCAACAAGUCAAUUACUAGAAAAAGAGCGUGAGGAGGAGGAGCGACUGCUGGAGGCAGUUAAUAGGUAUAAUGAAACGUUACGUAAAGACGACAUUUUAGCGGCGAUGCAAGACAUUUUAAAGCAAGAAACUGAGGCUUUUAACAAGUUCGAUAGGGACAGAAUUGAGACUUCAAGGAGCAUCCUGGAGCAAGAACUGGACGCCGGUUCGAAAAUCGCGGAAAUUCUUCAGAGUCAGGACGUGCACAAGGCCAAUCUGGUCUCUCAAUUAACCGAAGACAUUAAUUUGCAAAAAGCGGCGGUGGGCACGUUGUUAGAAAGGGGAGAUGCGAGGAGUUGGGGGCUUUUGCAGCAAGUGAGGCUGGUCGAGUCCCAACUGGGGGCUCUAACUCAUAUUGAGCUCGACAGGAGGAAACUGAGAAUGGAUGAGCAUUUGAACGACUUGGCUGAAAAGCGAAUGAACUUGUCCGCCCUCCUAAUGGAGCUGCUGGAGCAGCAGAGGCUGCGCAGGGCCCAACUGUUGUCCACCAUAAAAACGAUGGAGCAGUUUAAAUGCGACGACGUUGACGAAGACUUUUGGCUGAGGCAGUACCAAAGUCUCUUGGAAAAGUUCCCCGAAGGGAUCUCCCACGCCCAGAAGAACAUGGAUCCCAAACUGGUGGAAAUUUUACUGUCUAACGGGGUGAUACAUUGCCUGCCCUUUUUGGCCAAACUAACGCAAUCUGAGGCACACGGGGUUACCGAGGGGGACCUCAUUGAAGCGGGUCUGACCUCGAUGUAUGACCGUCAAAGGAUCUUGGACGCUCUACAGAUUUACUCUAAGGAGCGAAUUUCUUUUAUUAGUGUCUCCCCGUCGGCUCCGCCUCUGGAGUGUGCAGGGGCGUCCGCCCCUCCUCUGGAGGACCCCCAUAUUAAAGCUAUUAACAGUGUUGAGUGUGUCAUAUGUCUUGAUCUGGAGUGCCAUGUGAUAUUCGUGCCCUGUGGACACCUGUGCUGCUGUACAGGCUGUUCUGUGGGAGUGUCCCUUUGUCCCUUAUGCAGGACGGAUAUUGAACGAAGGAUCACGAUGGUACCCCAAUAAAUAUUUAAUUGAGAAUCUGCCUUAAUGCUUUGAUUAACCAUGAUAAUGCACAAAAGUGUUAUAAUGCUGUUUUUAUUAUUAAUAAAAGAUACAACAAUCA